AUGAUAGCAAUUCGGAUCCACCAAAGAGAAACUAAAAUGCUUCCUUUAAGUGAAAAUGUGAAGAUUCUUGACUUUCAUAAGUACACAGCAAACUGCCGUAAUGCUUUUGCCUUGCUUGUGAGGCCACCUACAGAGCAGGCAAAUGUGCUGCUCAGUUUCCAGAUGACAUCAGAGGAACUUCCAAAAGAAAACUGGCUAAAGAUGCUAUGUCGACAUGUAGCCAACACCAUUUGUAAAGCAGAUGCUGAGAAUCUUAUUUACACUGCUGAUCCAGAAUCCUUUGAAGUAAAUACGAAAGAUAUGGACAGUACAUUGAGUAGAGCAUCUAGAGCAAUAAAAAAGACUUCAAAAAAGGUUACAAGAGCAUUCUCUUUCUCCAAAACUCCAAAAAGAGCUCUACGAAGGGCUCUUAUGACAUCCCAAAGUUCAGUGGAGGGAAGAAGUCCUUCUAGCAGUGAUAAGCAUGUAAUGAGUCAUCUGUCUAGCACAUCAUCAUUAGCAGGCAUCCCAUCUCCUUCCCUUGUCAGCCUUCCUUCCUUCUUUGAAAGGAGAAGUCAUACUUUAAGUAGAUCUACAACUCAUUUGAUAUGAAGCUUAAAAACAAUCUUAAUUUGUAGAAACUUUCAAACAACCUCAUAUUCAAAUAAGAAACUGACUUAAAUGGUACUUGUCGUUAGCACUUGGUGAACGCUGGAAAGAAGGUAACACUAAACUAUGCCAUUUUAUUUUCUUCUUGAAAGAGUAAGCUUAGCCUCUUAAAUUUUUUGAGUUAAUUCAUGUAAAUUAUAUUGAUUUUGAUGUAAUUUUUCUCUUUGUUGAAUCCAAUUGAAGACCAAUCAUUUAAGUUAUUCAUGAUAUUAGUAACUUUGCCACAUGAUACAGUAAAUGAAUUUUAUUGGCUAAUGCCAAAUACUGC